CCGAUCUGUUCAAAUUUGAUCGGGUCACUUGGUGAAUCUAGUGACUGUGUAUACCUUGAUCGACAGAUUUCUUGUGUUUCUAAUGUUUCAAUACCGAUCAAUUCAAAUCCUUUCGACUGUUUUGCUAGAAAAGAUUUAUAAUUCUGCUAUGUUGACCCUUGUUUGUUGUGCGUGCCAUUGACAGGUUACAGAAGACAUGUCGCGUGUGUACGUCGGAAAUUUGGACCCGCGAGUUACUGAGCGUGAACUUGAGGAUGAGUUCCGUACCUUUGGAGUUAUCAGGAGUGUUUGGGUUGCUCGUAGACCACCUGGUUACGCUUUUCUAGAUUUCGAAGAUCCUAGGGAUGCCCGUGACGCCAUCCGUGAUGUAGAUGGCAAGAAUGGCUGGAGAGUUGAACAGUCACACAACCGAGGUGAGCGUGGUGGUGGCGGUCGUGGUGGUGACCGUGGAGGUGGCGGCGGCGGCCGUGGUGGUUCUGAUUUGAAAUGCUAUGAAUGCGGUGAGACUGGUCAUUUCGCACGUGAAUGCCGUAACCGUGGUGGCACUGGGAGGCGUCGCAGCAGGAGCCGUAGUCGCAGUCCUGCAAGAUACAGAAGAAGCCCAAGCUAUGGACGGAGGAGUUACAGCCCUCGUGCAAGAUCUCCCCCUCCUCCAAGGCGCCGCAGUCCUUCUCCUCCUCCUGCCCGUGGUCGCAGCUACAGUAGGUCACCACCUCCAUACAGAGCACGUGAGGACAGAGCACGUGAGGAAGUGCCGUAUGCCAAUGGAAAUGGACUGAAAGAUAGACGCAGAAGCAGGAGCUGAGUGUUUUUGCAAGAAAACGAGUUUGUGGGAAGAUACUGUGGAAGAGAAGAAGAGAGGGCCUAAGGAAAGUUACUAUCAUCUAUGAAUUUCAGUAAGAGAACAUGUUUUAGGUCUGCUGGAUUGGAUAAAGCUUGGUACUUUUG